AUGUUUGCUGCGGUGAAGGCAUGUCUCUCGGCUGUGCAGAAGCGUGUGAAUCCGCACGACGAACAGAAACGAGCCUCCAAUCAGAAUGCUCGAAUAGAGCGCGAGCCGCACGCGCAAAAAAUACUCCUACUAGGUACUCCAGAGAGCGGCAAAAGCACAUUAGUGAAACAAAUGAAGAUCAUCUACAGUCAUGGCUUUACCAAACAAGAACUCCUCAGCUUCAAGCCUGCGGUGUUGGAUAACCUAUUGUCAUCUAUGAAGUAUGUUCUGCAUGGCAUGGGUAUGCUGCGUAUCAAUCUGUCCAACAGGAAAAACAAGGCCCAUGCACGUGCCAUUCUGUCGUGUGAGUGUUGUGUAGGAGAGGAUCUGGAGCUGCUGCCGUUCGUGGCUCAUGCCAUCUGUAGUUUGUGGGGAGAUGUGGGCAUCAGGGUGGCAGCAGCCAGAGGGCACGACUUCUGCCUCAAUGAUUCUGCACUCUAUUUCUUUGAGAAUAUAAGCCGUAUCAUCGCCCCAAACUACAUCCCGACUGAAACUGAUGUGCUGAGAGUUCGAGUGAGGACCACUGGAGUCAUCGAAACCCAGUUCAGAGUCAACGACUCUCUAUACAGACUUUAUGACGUGGGUGCUCGGCACUCUGAAAGAAAGAAGUGGUUCAGUCAUUUCGACAAUGUCCAGGCAGUGCUGUUUAUGGUGGCUCUUAGUGGAUAUGAUCAAAACAUUGCUGAAAACCACUCCACGAACAGUCUGCGUGAAAGCAUGGAGUUCUUCAGCUCUAUAUGUAACAGUACUUUCUUCAAAAGAGCUUCACUGGUUUUAUUUAUGAACAAAAUUGAUCUCUUUGGUGAGAAAAUUUUGCAUUCUGGGAGACACCUGCGACUUUAUUUGCCAGACUUUAAAGGUCCUGACUGUGAUGUGAACUCUGCUGCGCGAUAUGUGACAGAUCAGUUUGUGUCAUGUGCCACCACCUCAGGCAAGAUGGUGUACCCUCACUUCACCAACGCCACAGACACAGACCGCAUGCAUGAUGCUUUUCAAAUCGCCGCAAGCAUCAUUACUAAACACAACAUUCAAACAGUCUCACUUUUAUAA